AAUUUACGAAGAAUUAAAAACUUGUGGCAUCCGUUAUUCUUUGAAUUAGUAACCGUCAAUAGCAGCAGUACGACGAAAUGGCGCUAGGGCUAUUUGAUUACAUCCAUUCUUGGGUCGACUGGGGUUUAGCCUGCAGCAAAAUGGUGCAAAAUCGAGAAAUUGGUUGGGUCACCAAGAACAGAAAGACGGGUGCAAUCAUGAGGGAGAAACAACCAUUAGCCAAGAAGAUCAGACUACUCCUGCUCUUCAACCCACUCACAGAAUGGAUUGACGGAACCAAAGCGCUCCGAUACUGGUUACACCAUGAAUCGCUCGAAGAAGGUGAUGAAAUGCGAAAGCCCGAGACAAAGAAGAAUAUCCGGCCGUUCGUCGAGUUCUUCGAGAUCGACAUGUCGCAGUUCGAGCCAUCGGACAUCGACGCCUACCCGAAUUUCCAAGAAUUCUUCAUCCGGAAGCACAAAGCAGGCGCCAGGCCGAUCGCCGAACCCGACAAUCCCUCCGUCGCUGUCGUCGCAGCUGACUGCCGCCUUGUCGUCUACCCCACAAUCAGCCAAGCCACCGCGCUCUGGAUCAAGGGCCGGCACUUCACCAUCGCGAACCUCAUCGCCGACCCCACCGGAGAGACCGCACGCACCUGGGACGGCGGUGCCAUCGCGUCCUUCCGCCUGUCACCGCAGGACUACCACCGCUACCACGCUCCAGUGAACGGGAAGGUGAAGUGGUGGAAGGAGAUCGACGGGCAGUAUUACGGUGUCGACCCGUUGUGCGUGGGCAGCGAUGUGGAUAUUCUGACGGAGAAUGCGCGGUGUGCGGUUUGUUUUGAAAGUGAGCAGUUCGGAGAUGUCUUAUUCGUGGCGAUUGGGGCCACGGAUGUGGGGACGGUACAGCUAAACGAGUAUGUGAAGACUGUCGGGCACCAGGUGAAGAAGGGCGAUGAGGUGGGGUUGUUCGAGUUCGGUGGGUCGAGUAUUGUCGUCGCGUUCGAGCGGGGGCGUAUCGAGUUUGAUGAGGACCUGGUCAAGGUUAGCGAGCAGAGAAUGGAGAUGGACGUGGAAGUGGGUAUGAGUCUUGGGAGGUGGGUGAAGCAGUAAGGUCGGGACAGGCCCGGAUAACAUGAUCAAGGACAGGUGACUUGGACAG